AUGAAUCCUGAUGUAGGCCCGGUCACUGUCUUCAUCACAGCUGAGCGAGAACGCACAAUCGCUACGCCUGAUAGCCCUCUAUUCCUCAAGGGCGUGCACUUCAAUCCUGUCGACUCGUGCAUGUGGUAUAAAGAGGUACUCCCGUACCUGUCGGAAUGCACUUUCGUCGUCGCCUCCACCGCCGAUGUCACCUACGGCGGCAACAUCUUCGGUUCGGCGGCUUUGCCGCACAUCUACAAUGCGGUGACCAAGGUAGAACUGCCUAAGUUCUACUGGUUCAGCGGUGUCGCCCUUAAUCGAUACCACAAUCCGUAUCUGCAGAUGUGUCGCAAUCUGCCGAACCUGCGUGAGCUGGGCAUCGCAAUGCAGACCGCCGGGCUGACGAACCAGCGUUGGCCAGAGCGCCAGAUAAUCGCGCUUGAGCGUACCAACCCCGAGGCGGCGAAGGAACGCAUCGUCCUGUCUCUGCGAGAAGUGGUGCAUAGGUACGAGCUUGAUGCGCUCUUUGCCUGUGCUGGUCUGCGUCGUCUCCGUCUGGAGUACAUUGAGUCCGCCAUGACGGCGUACUUCUGCCGCGUUGGCAACCCGGUCGACGUCCUUCAGGACGUCAAAACAUACCUUGAACAAGGUUUCACCCAGAGGGGUCUGCAGGUGAUCGUGGAGCUUGUGCGCGUGGAUGAGAAAGCACUGAGAUGA